GGCUUUCAGACUGCAGUAUCACUGAAGAAGGUUAUAAAGCUCUGGCUUCAGCUCUGAGAUCAAACCCUUCACACCUGAUAGAGCUGGAUCUCACAGGAAAUGAUCCUGGACAAUCAGGAGUGAAGGAGCUCAAUGAUUUACUACAUGAUGAACUCUGUUCAUUAAAGACCAUCAGGUUUUUGAAAAGUCCUGCUGCAGAGGAAGCAUGUGAGUAUCUCACUGGAGUUUUGGGUAAAAGUCCAUUACUACUGAAAAAACUGGAUCUGAGUGGAGAUAAAUUAGGAGAUCUGGAUGGGGAGAAACUCUCUGCUCUUUUGAUGGACUCUCAUAGCAAACUGGAGAAAAUAAUGCUGAAUAAUUGUAAGCUGGCAGAGAAAAGCUGUUCAGUUCUAGCUACUGUUCUCUCCUCCAAAACCAUCCUGAAAGAGAUGAACCUGAACAACAGUAAUCUGCUGGAUUCAGGAGUCAAAGAGAUCUGUGAGGGACUGAAGAAUCCUGUGUGUGAGCUGAAGAUACUGAAUCUGUGUGAUUGUAGUAUUACAGCGGAACAGUGUCUCAUCCUGACUUCAGCUCUGAAAUCAAACCCAUCACACCUGAGAGAACUGGACUUGAGUGAGAAUAAUCUAGGAGACUCUGGAGUGAAAAACCUCAGUGAUCUACUGAUAAACACACAAUUCAAGCUGGAGAAACUAGAGUUAAGCAGGUGUUAUAUGACAGAUGAAGGUUGUUCUGCUGUGACUUCAGCUCUGAAAUCGAACCUAUCACACCUGAGAGAACUGAACCUGAGUGAGAAUAAACUAGGAGACUCUGGAGUGAAAAACCUCAGUGAUCUACUGAUGAACACACAAUUCAAGCUGGAGAAACUAGAUCUGUGGGCAUGCAGUAUUACAGAGAAACAGUGUCUCAUCCUGACUUCAGCUCUGAAAUCAAACCCAUCACACCUGAGAGAACUGGACCUGAGCUGGAAUCUAAUAAACAACACAGAAGUGAAUCACUUAUGUGACUUACUGAAGGAUUCACACUGUAAACUGGAGAGAUUGAGGUUAAGCUGCUGUUAUAUGACAGAUGAAGGUUGUUCUGCUGUGACUUCAGCUCUGAAAUCAAACCCAUCACACUUGAGAGAACUGGACCUGAGUGAGAAUAAACUAGGAGACUCUGGAGUGAAAAACCUCAGUGAUCUACUGAUGAACACACAAUUCAAGCUGGAGAAACUAGUGUUAGUAUCAUUAUACUGUACAGCA